UUUCUCUGCUAUCCAAUGGAUAUUCACUGCAAAGCAGACCCGUUCUCAGCGAUGCACCCUUGGCAUGGGGGUGUAAACCAGCUAGGCGGGGUGUUCGUGAACGGAAGACCCCUACCUGACGUGGUGAGGCAAAGGAUUGUAGAGCUAGCGCACCAGGGAGUGAGACCCUGUGACAUCUCGAGACAACUAAGGGUCAGCCAUGGCUGUGUCAGCAAAAUUCUCGGCAGAUAUUACGAGACGGGCAGUAUUAAACCUGGAGUAAUUGGUGGAUCCAAACCCAAAGUGGCGACUCCAAAGGUUGUGGAUAAAAUCGCGGACUACAAGCGGCAGAAUCCCACCAUGUUCGCUUGGGAGAUAAGAGACAGACUGUUGGCAGAAGGUAUCUGCGACAACGACACUGUCCCAAGUGUGUCGUCCAUCAACAGGAUUAUCCGGACCAAAGUUCAGCAGCCUUUCCAUCCAUCCCCUGAUGGAACCCCCCUCUCCACACCCGGACACACUAUAGUGCCGAGCACAGCUUCCCCGCCUGUAUCCAGCGCUUCCAACGAUCCCGUGGGGUCCUACUCCAUCAACGGCAUUCUGGGUAUUCCCCGGUCGAACGGCGAAAAGAGGAAACGAGAUGAUGAUGGUUCAGAUGGUUCUGGCCCAAACAGUGAUUCUCAGGGUAGUGUGGACAGUUUACGGAAGCACCUGCGCGCCGACGCGUUCACGCAGCAACAGCUGGAAGCUCUGGACCGGGUCUUUGAGCGGCCGUCCUACCCAGACGUCUUCCCCACUGCAGAGCACAUCAAACCCGAGCAGGCCAGCGAAUACUCACUACCAGCUCUCAACCCUGGACUGGACGAAGUGAAACCAAGUUUGUCAUCCAGCGCCAACCCUGACCUGGGCCCCAACGUGUCUCAAAGCUACCCUGUAGGUCGGGACAUGGCGAACACAACCUUACCUGGGUAUCCCCCUCAUGUCCCACCUACAGGACAGGGGAGCUAUCCCACCUCAACACUUGCUGGAAUGGUUCCUGGGAGCGACUUUUCAGGGAACCCAUACAGUCAUCCACAGUACACAACAUACAACGAAGCAUGGCGAUUCAGCAACCCGGCGUUACUAAUGCUGCAUCCAGAGGCUCCGCCCCUCCCACUGCUGCCACUGCCUAUGACCGCCACUAGUUACCAUGGAAACCAAAUCAAACUUCAGGACCAUGGCUUCGGCCCCCAUAUUGUACCAGUGUGAGUGGCAUUAAGGUCAAUGGGACGGUAGGCGGCUCCAAAACUUUCCUGUCACUUUCUCGCAAAAACCCGAAGGACGGACAGCUACGGAGGCCCGACCGAGCCACACCAAUUCGGCCCAUCCAAACUCCAAUUCCUCAAGUCCCAUUCUUCAAUCCGCAAGACUGUACAGCUCCAGAGACUGAGAGAUUAUAUAAAUAUAUAUAUUAUAAAAAAAGAAAAAAAAAACAUUUUUGAAGAAAACAUGGCGUGAAGGAAGCAAAGUAAGAAGCGACAAGGGUUUUCUCUCCUAUUUGUUUUCGUCUCUUCAUGGAUCGAUACAUUCCUUUAUUUGACUGAUGAUGACACCUCCGACAGGACCCAGUCGUGAACACAGCAGCCCUCUCGCAAGUUAGGCUCUACUGGACACACUUUUCCAUCUCACUGUACACUGGCUGUCUGCAGGGACGGUACAAUCAGAUCCAUGCUGAAGACUGUAGCAUCAGUGAAGGCCACCGCUCGACCCUCAACCACCUCAUUCACAAGCCCAUACCAACCAACAGAACACACAGCAUGUAUAAAGCUACCCUUUCUGGAAGAGGCUGUUUGAUGCUAUUUGAGUGGACAAGUUCCCUGUGAUACACAAUCAGAUGUAAAAAAACAUAUGUGUGAAAAAUGAAGAAAAGAAAACCGUGACACAUCACGGUCUCCUAGCAACCUGAAUUUAAAUUAGUAAAUAUAUUCUUAAAUUAAUUUUUUUUAUCAUUUUUUUAUUAUUAUCGUUAUUGUUAUCAUGACAGCCUUUAUGAACAUUUAGGAUUGUUUGCUUUGUUUUUGUUUGUUUCUGUUAAAAGAUUUUGAAAAACACAGCAAAUGAUCGCAGUCCAUGCAAUAUCUUAUCUUUGUUUGCUCUUGUUUUUGCACUAUUAUCUGAAAGUCUGACAUUAUAGGAUGGCAUCAUGCAGAGUUCACUCUUGAUAACUACCUGAUUAUACAGCGGGGCAGUAAAAACACUCACACUCCACUCAUUGGUUCCCAUUGUUAACUAUAAAAAUGUGUCAGAUAUUGUACCUAAAGACGCUCCAAGUGCAAGUUUACAUAUUGCUGACUUUACUUUAAAUAUCAUUGUUUUCUGGGGGCCCAUGAAUGCUUCACAAAUAACAGCCUUUGCCUGGAGAUUUACCUUUUAAUUGAGCUACAAUGCGCUCUUCAUAUUUCCCACACAUACUGUACCACUUCCAGUACAUUACAGCUUGUCAGCCAUUUCAAGAACAAUGAAAACAGUACAAUGUUGACUCAAUAUUUUACCACUAAAUGGCAUGUUGAGGACAGAACCCAAGUUUGACUAACAUUGUGCAAGCAUAUCCCACACCUGACAAAAACCGGUCAUCCUUAACACUGAUGUCAGUCACAGAAAGAAAAUUCUGCGACAGGAAGUGAGAGGAACAGGUCAUGUGACUCCAACUAAUGCCUUAUAACUCUCAAAGGAAAAACUGCUCACAGGGCAGAUACGUUCUUCACAGAACACUUAACUAAAGCUACAACUAGAUCCACAAUACCCCUCUUAGAAACGGUAGCCAACACAAUCCAGAAAGAAUUGGGAAAAAAAUACCUUUUCAGAUAGUUUUCUUUUUUCCCCUCAUACUGCUCCUAAAAAUGUAAAGUGAAUGUACUUUUCCCCAUGUUUGCCAAAGACUUAGUUAUUGUUAAUAUUUUAUUUACAGUAUGUGUAUGCAUUGUAAAAGCAGUAUUAUAGCAAAAAUAACUAGUCAACACUGAAAAUGUAUGUCAGAAUUUUAUGCAGAGGAAACAGAUCAUCAUAUGCAUAUUAAACUGUAAAACUGCAAAAAUCCUAAUCUUUACAAUUAUUUAAUGUUUUGUUAUUUGCAACAAAAAUUGCUGCUUCAUAGAAUGAUUUGUGUGUAAUGUGAAGACACUUCCCUGUAUAUACUAUAAGAACACUCACAUCCCGACCAUUGCAGUAUCUUUCCUUAUUUACUGGUCCCGUUUGUAGAUACAAAAAAGAAAAGGAUUGUGUCUGUCCUGUUGUGUUCUACGCAGUGGAAGCAUGGCACAGCUGUGUUAGCCAUGAGCUCCUGGUUCAUAUGUUUCAGGUGGUAGUUGUCAUCAGCUGUAUGUUCGGUUGUUAUUCUUUUCAUUUCUUUCAGUUUUUGUUUUCAUAACGAUGUUUUAAAUCACUAUGCAAAAUCGAGAAAAAGGCUUUCUUUCCCAUUUUCUUUUGCUGGGCUCUCUUAUUGGACCAAUACAAACGUACAGUACGCCCUUCAGUUUUAAAAAGAAAAGGAUGUUUCGGAUGUCCUAGAACGAUCAUCUUCGGAUCCUUAAGACUGUUUUCAGAACUGUUGUCUGAUUGUGAUUUCCAUUCCACACCCAUUGUGAAGUGUAACUAUGUUUAAACUGAAGCGACGAGAAAGCCCAAAGCUUCCUUGGUCAUGUUCAGCAAGAGCAACUUAUUUUGUGACUAUUAGAUGUUAUAGUAACAACAUCACCCAACCUAUGUAAUUGUGGUCCGUUUGCAUGCCUUUUCAUACAUGCACACCCUGUGGGAUAUUAAAAAAUGUACAAAGGAGUAACAUCCUAAAAUUAAAAGUAUACUUUUUAAAACUAUACUUAUAACAAGAGUGAACAUUACAUCUGAAUCGGGUGACCCUAUAACUCCGGCAAACUUUUACAAAACUGCAAAAAAAAAGAAAAAAAAAAGAAAAACAAGGACGUAAUUGCUACCAAGGACUGCAGCCACUCGCUCUGAAAGAAGAAAUGUUUCACAAUCACACUGCACUUGGGAUUGGACUGCUAACCGCUACAUUUCUUACCAAACUCUGGAUCCUACAGUUUGGUACUGAUGUAGUGCCGCCUCAGCUGAGGAGCAGAAACGCUACUGUAUGACUACAGAGCAGACCAGAGGGUAUGGGUCUCCCCCAGUUGUAAAGACGAUAUGAAAGAAGUGUCACAGAUCUAACAAGGAUUUUUAAAGGUCCACGACAAAAAGCCACAUGGCUUCAAUCAUUGUUCCAGUUCUGUUCAAAUUUUUUUGUGCACAUGAGAAAUAAAUUUUUGUAUGUCAACUCAGA